AUGGAGGAGGAAGAGCGGCCCCGGAAAAUGCAGAAACUGGAUCACGACGAAUCCAAUGAUGCUCUCUUUCAAGAAGAUCUUGGGCCUGUCAUGACAGGGGCCGUUGACCCUAGCGAAGCAACCGCAGCUGACAGAGUGCCGGACGAAGCUAGUACUCCAGCCGAAAUAGAUGAAGCGGGCAAUACAAAUCAAGAUGAAAACAAGGAUGGUGAGGGCGCACAGCCUACAAUGUCGAAGAGCCAAUUGAGGAAAUUACGGAGGCAGCAAAGAUGGGAAGAAAAGAAGCAGCAGCGCAAGCUCUGGCGGAAGGAGAAGCGCAAAGAGCGCAGGAAAAAAGCGAGCGGCGGCUCAGGAAGCAGCCCAGAAUGCUCAAGAGACUGGGAGCGAGACUCCAAAUGCGCCUGCCCCUACCACAAACAGCUCCAAUUACGAUCGGUCCUUGUCCCGAUCACGUUUGUCAUCGACUGCAGUUUUGACGACCUGAUGCUGGACAAGGAACGGACAUCUCUUGCCUCGCAAAUCACGCGAUCUUACUCGGACAACUCUAAGGCACCGUAUCGAGGUCAUCUCGCCAUAUCAACGUUUGACAAGCUGCUGAAGCAGAGAUUUGACACGGUGCUGUGCAAACAACAUGAGAAUUGGAAGGGUGUCCAUUUCAUGCAGGAGGACUUUGUCCACGCUGCGAAUCUGGCUAAAGACUGGAUGACUGGUCCUCAAGGUGGCAAACUGGAAGGUCCCUUUGCGGACAAGACCGAUGCAAGACCAGAAGACGGGGAAAUCGUCUAUCUAAGUAGUGAAAGCCCGCACACGCUGACGGAACUGAAACCGUACAGCACAUACAUUAUUGGCGGGCUGGUCGAUAAGAACCGACACAAGGGGAUAUGCUACAAGCGUGCUACGGAACGGGGCAUCAAGACUGCCAAGCUUCCCAUUGGAGAUUAUUUGCAGAUGUCAACAAGAUUUGUACUUGCGACGAACCACGUGGUGGAAAUAAUGUUGAAGUGGCUGGAGCUGAGGAAUUGGGGAGAAGCCUUUAUGCAAGUUAUGCCGAAGCGGAAAGGUGGUGUUCUCAAACAGAACCGUGGUCAAGAUGCCAACGAGGCGGACGACGGGGCGGAUGACCAGUCAGAAUCGUCUGCUGAUGAACAGGAGGCUGCUGAUGAGCAGGAGGCUGCUGAUGGGAAUGCAGCAGAAUCGAAGGACUCAUGA